AUGCUAUCUUUACGUGCUAUUCCUAAUAAAGUUCUGGGGGUUAUAUGUUUGCUGGCUAGUAUUUGUGUAUUCUUUAGGUUUGCUUUUAUUAAGAACUAUACUUCUGUUCUAUCUAAUCUAAAUAAAUUUAUGUCUACUAAUCAUAAGGAUAUUGGUACUUUAGAUUUAAUUUUUGGUCUUUGGUGUGGUAUGGUUGGUUCUGCUCUAUCUAUGUUGAUUCGUAUGGAGUUGAGUAAACCUGGUUUAUUGUUAGGAAAUGUAUAUUUCACUGUCAAUGGAAAGGUUUUUGUUGUUAUGAUGCUUAUGUCGAUGUUUAUUAUGGGUUUAAUUCUUUUUAAAGAAAAAAGUCGUGGUAUGUUGUAUUUAUCUCAAGCUUUGGUUUUUAUUAGUAUUUUGUUUUUUAUUCCUGGUAAUGUUUUAAUGUUAUGGUUAUCAGAUUGA